GGCGGGCGUGUCCAUGGGCCCGCGGGCCGCGCCUGCCCUGCCCGCCGGGGCCGGCCUGUGUCCGGCGCGGCCGCGGGGCGCGGGCCCGGCCAGCAUGGCCUCGGGGGCCCGGCUCUGAGCUGGCCGCCAGGACGCCGGAGGGACUCGCCGGUGCCCAGUGACCUGACCCCGGAGGAGCGGCAGGAGCUGGACAACAUCCGGCGGCGGAAGCAGGAGCUGCUUGCCGACAUCCAGAGGCUGAAGGAUGAGAUUGCAGAAGUAGCCCAUGAAAUCGAGAGCUUGGGGUCCACGGAAGAGAGGAAAAACAUGCAGAGGAACAAGCAGGUUGCCAUGGGCAGGAAGAAGUUCAACAUGGACCCGAAGAAGGGGAUCCAGUUCCUGAUCGAGAACGACCUGCUGAAGAGCACGUGUGAGGACAUCGCCCAGUUCCUCUACAAGGGCGAGGGGCUCAACAAGACGGCCAUCGGGGACUACCUGGGGGAGCGAGACGCCUUCAACAUCCAGGUGCUCCACGCCUUCGUGGAGCUGCACGAGUUCACGGACCUGAACCUCGUCCAGGCGCUGCGGCAGUUCCUGUGGAGCUUCCGGCUGCCGGGGGAGGCCCAGAAGAUCGACCGCAUGAUGGAGGCCUUCGCCCAGCGCUACUGCCUGUGCAACCCCGGGGUCUUCCAGUCCACAGACACCUGCUACGUGCUCUCCUUCGCCAUCAUCAUGCUCAACACAAGUCUGCACAACCCCAACGUCAAGGACAAGCCCACGGCGGAGAGGUUCAUCGCCAUGAACCGCGGCAUCAACGAUGGCGGCGACCUGCCCGAGGAGCUGCUCCGGAACCUGUACGAGAGCAUUCGAAACGAGCCCUUCAAGAUCCCCGAGGACGACGGCAAUGACCUGACGCACACCUUCUUCAACCCCGACCGCGAGGGCUGGCUGCUGAAGCUGGGAGGCGGCCGGGUGAAGACGUGGAGGCGGCGCUGGUUCAUCCUCACGGACAGCUGCCUCUACUACUUCGAGUACACCACUGACAAGGAGCCGCGCGGGAUCAUCCCCCUAGAGAACCUGAGCAUCCGCGAGGUGGACGACUCCAAGAAGCCGAACUGCUUCGAGCUGUACAUCCCCGACAGCAAAGACCAGGUCAUCAAGGCCUGCAAGACGGAGGCGGACGGGCGGGUGGUGGAGGGGAACCACACGGUCUACCGCAUCUCGGCCCCGACGCCCGAGGAGAAGGACGAGUGGAUGAAGUGCGUCAAGGCCGCCAUCAGCCGCGACCCCUUCUACGAGAUGCUGGCGGCGCGGAAGAAGAAGGUCUCGUCCACCAAGAGGCACUGAGCGGCCGCCCCGCCCGGCCCCUGGACGGCGCCUCCCCGGGCUGGCGAGCAGCCCCGCCCGCGGCCAGUGCGGCAGGCCCGGGUCCCUAGGGCAGCCGGGACAGACGGCCGGCGGGGCCCCCGCAGCGAGGACUCGGCGCUGACGGGUCUGCCAGGGCUCUGGGCCGCGGGGCAGCGGCCAGCACAGCACGCUAGGAGCUGCUUCGCCAUCCAAGUGCCUGGAGAGCACUGUGGGGAGGCUCAGGAGCACUGUGGGGAGGUUCGCGGCCAAGCCCCCCGACUCAGCUAACCAAAGCCGUGCGCUGCCCGUGGCCCCCGCUCGGCUCCCCGCCUCCCCGGCUCCAGCCUCGUUUUAGAGGACAAGCAGGCCUGGCCCCACCUCCCGCCUGGCCCCACGUGGGGGGCGGCCGAGGGGUGCGCCCCCCCUCCCCGCUGCACCCGGCUCUGGGGGGCUCGAAGCACGGGUUCUCCUGCCUUCUCUCAGGGACUCUGGGCAGCCCGGGCCAGCUACCCCCCACCUGCAGGGGGCGCUCAUCUCUGGAAAUCGCUUUCGUAGAGCAGCCCGCGGGGCGCAGGGGGUCCCCCGUCAUGCAAGCCCCCCUGGGGUGCCCGGGUGGGUCUGCCGGCCCCUGGGCACCCCCCGGGGUGUCCCGAGGGCACUGGGCCAGUGUUCCCUAUUUAUCAGAGGUGUAAAUAAUCCAUGUAUAGUUUUCUCUUUUAGAUUAUUUUGUAUUUGUUUAAAAAAUGUUUUGUCGAAAUAUAAACUAUAAAGAGAUGAUUGAAAGUUGUUGACAGGGUUUUUAAAAAACUAACUCUCCGGACUGUUUGGGGUUUGGGUUUUUUGUUGUUACUUUGGUUUUGAUUUUUGCAUUGUAACCUAAUGCCACGGAGCUGCAGCAAAUAAACUCAGACCUGCCCCAGC